AUGUUCAGGUGUGAAGAACAAGAUGAUACACUCAACCAUGCCCUCCUUGGGGUCUUACUUGGACUCAGCAAUGCUCGUAUUCGAUUGAUGAGGCUACAGAAAAUCCUAGACGACAAUCCCACUGCGCAAACCACACUGAGUGGCGUAGAUCGUUCAGCUUUAUACACCUUUGAGAGUCUCUACGGGGAUUACUUAGUUCGAGAUAGUACGGGGGACUUCCGUGGCAGGACUACAAUGGAACACGUUAAAAGUUUGGCAAUAUGA